UUCAACGGAAGGAAAAGAAAAACGAAAAAAAAAAUUGAAAAAAAAAAGAUAAAAAAAUGGAAGCGGAGAAGAAACGAAAACAAUAGUACUAGUAGCAACGAAUUAAAGCUGAAGAGUUUGAUUAAUUUAUCGCCAUAUGAAGAGGAAGGGUGAGUGAGAGAGAUGCAAUUGUUUUUACAGAGGGAGAGAAGUGAAGUCCAAUUAGAAGCCCUAGAGUUUACCCUCUCUUCUCAUGAAUGCAAUGGCGAUGCCAAAAUUUGGUAAUUCGCCUAUACCUACUGAGGUUUUGUAUCCAUUUCUUAAUUAUAAGUCUUCCUCUACACUUCACAAUCCUUAAUCACACAUGUGAUCGCGCAAUUCCUACUCAGACCCGCUUUGAUUUGGUCGGAGCCAUCUAGAUUCCGUUGUAUUUCUCCGAUCCGGCCAAUAUUAGGGCGGUGUGUUUGGAUCCAUGGACGAUCUGGAUAUCAUGGCCCGCGACUUCGGGUUCGGGAAAUCCAAACCGAUGAGAUCCGCGCAGUUCAGCGAAAUGUUUGGCGAGCCCGCCAAGUUCACACCUAGUAGUCAACACUCUUCAAUGGGGGACAUCGAUUAUAAUUCCAUGUUCAGUUCAGAGGGAAACAAUAGUAGGUCGUCGGCUCCUGUUUAUGAUAAGCCGGUAUACGAUGACGAUAUUUUUGAGGGGCUGCCGGGAUUGAAGAGCAACUCACCUUCCUCGGCGGUUAGGUUUGACAAUGACGUGUUUGCUGGAAAUCAGAAACAUGAUUAUGAUGAUCUGUUGGGGAAUUUCGGAAAGAGAGAGCAAGCAAAGGAGAACAUUAUGGGCAAUAGUGCUAAGAGCAAGAGCAAUUCGAGUUCGAAGGGAUAUGAUGACCUGCUUGCAGGGUUUGGGAGUGCCCCUUCUGCUGCUAGCAACAGGAUCAGUCCUAUCCACUCUGUGGGGCCAACGGUGAUGGAUUAUUUCUUUAGAACAGAGUCAGAUAUGCGCUCUGUACCAGUUGGUGGCUCAAAGCAUGGAUCCCAAGAUUCUUCGUCAUCUAGGGUAUUUCCUGAUCCACUAGAGGAGAUCAAUAAGCAUGGAAAAUUUAGGAAAACAAGGGCUGACGCUUCAUCAGGUGGUGGCAGAGGCUUUGAGGACUUAAAUCCUCUUAAUAGUUUUGGAAAACCUGCCCAGUCUUUUUCCCUUGGGAAGGAUACAGGAGGUAAAGAAGGGAGUCCUUCAAGAUCUGCAUCUCCGCAGUUUGUUUCAACAAGAGAAAAUAUAGGGAGUUCUUCUUCCAGAUACUCAGAAAGCAAUAUGGAGAAGAAAAGUCCUCUAGAUAACUUUCAGGAACCUCCCUUGUUUGACAUGCCAAAAUUAUCUACAGACUUUCAGAAAUCUUUUGAUCAAACUGCUCCUCAAUAUUUUGAAACAAGCUCACACAUUGAUACAUCUACCCAAUCAACAGGAUUAGGACAGCAGUCAGAUGAUGUAUGGUUGACUGUGUCUGAGAUUCCUCUUUUCACGCAACCCACAGCUGCUCCACCUCCCUCACGGCCCCCGCCACCCAUUCCUCAUCAUAAGUUAAGGGCAGAAACAGUUUCCUCUUAUUCAAGUUCAAAAAAGAAAGGUGAUAAAUUCCCUCCCUCGUCAAAUCAUCGUCAAUAUUCCCAAAGUCCUAAGAUGUCACGUCCUGUGACCAAGGGCCAGCAGCUUUCGCAGUUUGGUGAACUUGAUGACUUUUCCCAGAGUGGGUCCCAAAAUGGCCUUGAUGGAAGUGUAAACCUACAUUCUACUGAAGAUACCAAUGCAUUCUCUGCUGCUGCUGAUGCAUCAGCUGCAGCUAUGAAGGAGGCCAUGGAGAAAGCUGAGGCUAAAUUCAGGCAUGCUAAGGAGGUGCGCGAAAGGGAAUAUGCGAAGACUGCAAGAUAUAAGGAAUCUGUGCAGCUGGAGAAAGAUGAGCAAGAUAGUCAGGAGAGAAAUCUGAGAGAUAUCAAUGAAAUAUUGGAGCGUGAAAGGAAACAAAAGGAAGAGGAAGAGAGAGAGCAGAUAAGACUUCAGAGGGAGAGGGAGAGAUCAAUGGAGAUUGAAAGAGAGAAGGGUAGACAGGCUGUAGAAAGGGCUAAUCGUGAAGCACGUGGUAGGGCAGCAGUUCAUGCACGUGAAAAACAAGCCGCUGAAGCUCACUUAAGAGCUGAAAAGGCUGCUGUUGAGAAGGUAAGUGCUGAAGCUCGAGGACGUGCUGAAAAAGUAGCAGUGCAAAGGGUACAAGCUGAGGCCCGUGAAAGAGCUGCUGCAGAAGCCAGAGGGAGAGCAGAAAAGGCUGCUGCAGAAGCUAGGGAAAGAUCCACUGCUGCAGAAACAAAAGAUAAAGAACUUAGGGAAAAAGCUUUUGCGGUAAGGGCUGAAGUAGAAGCAAGACGUCGGGCUGAAAGAGCUGCUGUUGACAGGGCUGCAACAGAAGCACGUGAAAGGGCAACAGCAGCAGCAACUGCUACAAUGAUGAAUCAACAGCGGAAUGAUGAUGAUCUGGAAUCAAUUUUUGGCAUGGGACGAGCAAACAGUGCACCUAAGGCACGAGAAAAUUCUACUAAUCCCUUUUCUAGUCAGCAGUAUCAGAACAAGGGAGGUGCUGAAUCUGGAAAGAGAACAUCUUCUAAUGGAUCUUCGUCCAACAUGAAGAAAGUUUCUUCCACUUCUAAUAUUGUUGAUGAUUUAUCUUCUGUUUUUGGAGCUCCAUCAGCUGGAGAAUUCCAAGAGGUUGGAGGGGAAACUGAAGAAAGAAGACAAGCCAGGCUGGAGCGCCACCAACGCACUCAAGAGCGUGCUGCUAAAGCCGUGGCUGAAAAAAAUCAACGGGAUCUGCAAGCUCAGAUGGAGCAGGAAGAAAGACAUAGGAUGGCCGCAACAUUAGAUAUUGAAAUCAAGCGCUGGGCGGCUGGAAAAGAAGGAAAUCUGCGAGCCUUAUUAUCAAGUUUGCAAUAUGUGCUUUGGCCCGAAUGUGGCUGGCAGCCUGUUUCACUGACAGAUUUAAUCGUUGGUGCCUCUGUCAAAAAAGCCUAUAGAAAAGCUACCCUAUGCAUUCAUCCCGACAAGAUGCAGCAAAAGGGUGCCACUCUCCAACAGAAGUACAUCACCGAAAAGGUCUUUGACUUGCUGAAGGAGGCGUGGAAUAAAUUCAACUCGGAGGAGCUUUUCUAAGUGCUGGCUCGAAUUCUUAACCUUUGAGAAGGAAGCACACACCAUCUGAAUAGUGUAAAAUCAGUGGUCUCAAAGCAUGCAAGUAAUGACACUCUUUGGUGCGUUUUUUUGGGUAUUUCGAAAGGGUGGAAUAUGGAUACGGGACCUCUGCUCUGCGGUUGCUGCUGAGAUUCUUGAAAAGUUUGUACAUCUAAGUGUAAAUUUGAUGGAAAUGCUACAUAUACAACUGAACCAAACUUGAAAGAUAGAGAAAAUAUUGAUUACCAAUUACCAUAUAUCUUUUUCUAUA